AUGAUUUGUCCAAAGUGUGGUCGAUCUUUAUUAGCCCGCGAAGGUAUCCUUCAAGCUGGUCGCAAGUAUCAUCGACAUUGUUGGACGUGUGCACAAUGCUCGUCACCAUUGACUCCGUGGGUUCGCCAGCAGCCAAUAACUAAUGAAUAUCUUUGUAAUGCAUGCCAUAUUAGCAAAAAUGGAUUAAGAGAAGGUAUGAUCUAUGUUAAUUGGCAAAAACAAACACAAUCGCUCAUGACUUCGAAUACAACACCAUCGAACGUAUUCGACGAUAUUCUACUUAUUUAA